AUGAUCUCACAGCGUGAAGGAUGCCAUAAUUGCUCGCAGCGUCGAAUCAAAUGUGAUUUGACUCGCCCACAGUGCAAUAAAUGCUUGCGGAAAGGUCUUGAAUGUCCAGGAUAUGGCAUUCGCUAUCGCUUCAACACUGGUAUUGCGUCGCGGGGCAAAUUAAAAGGGCGCACCAUCCCUAUCGACACUCCUGUGGCAAGCCCGGCACAGCACGGACAGAUGGCAGCGCCGGCUUUAUUGUGGCCCGAUGGCUCAGUCACACGGACACAGACUCAAGGGCAGAACCACGAACUUGCAAUCAGCCGUUCAUUACAAAGUCCAUCUCCUGCUGAGUCAAGCCUUCUGGACUGUUGGGACACCCAAAAAACUUUCAACAUCUUCGAUUUAGCCCUUGGCGAUGAUUUUGUUGCGGAAAACGACAAUAUCGUUGACUCUCCGCGAGACCUCCAGGCCCAGUCUGCUGGGGACGCCAUUCCGGAAAUCUGCGAAACUUGUUUGUUAGUACACCCGCCUAAUUUUUGUUGUUUCGAAAUCCCGAAUUCGCUCCAAGUAAUGGGCCCACAGUCCCGAGAACUUUUCGCCCAUUUCUCCUCUUCGGUGGCUCCGGUGAUGGUUGUGCUGGAUGGCAAAUUCAACGGUUAUCGAGAUCUCAUCCUUCCACUUGCAUGUGAAGAUGACCUUGUUAAGGGAGCCGUCUCUGUCGUUUCGAUGUAUCACUUGGCGCCUUUGCAGCCAGAGAUGCAAUUUUAUGCAGACUCUGGGCUCCAAUCGAUCAUCCGACAACUUCUUGAGCGUACAUCGCAGCUAGAGAAUGCUCUUGACCUAUCGGCGUGGGCUACGAUUAUUGUACUUCUCGUUGGCGAAACCAUCACCGGUGGCUGUAAUCUCCCAUUCUUGUUCAAAAUUCUCCAGCACCUAGCAGAAGCAAAUACAAAACUCGGCCAUGAGAGUGUGAUGCAUUCGUUUCUGCGAGAACAGACGCGAAUGAUGACACUUUUCGCACAACCGCUGCUCGGUGAGACUGCGGGGACCAUGACUCUUCGAACACCUCUCGACGUGUAUUUCGACUUCAUCUCGAAUGCAGCUAUCUUCCACCCGGGAUUGGCCCCCCAAAUUGGCCUUUACAAGACCGCAAUCCGCCAAGCUUGCAGUAUGUAUCUAAGACGUGUCAUGCAAAACCCACCGCUGUCUGAGAGUAGUGUGGAUCUUGAGUCUUUGAAAGUUCUUUGCGCAAGGAUUCAUCCAAACACACCGGGGCACCAUACGCUGGUGUGGGUAUAUUUUGUCGCAGCGGCGGAGAGUGUGACGCUGGCCCAUCGAGAAUUUUUUACUUUGCGGUUACAGGAGGUUUUCUCACGCACACGCUUCCAUAAUAUUCCGACGGCAUUAGCUGCGUUACAGAAACUGUGGAAAGUGCAAGCUGAGAGGAGGUGGACCGAAGUCCUACCGGAGAUCAUGCCUGUUUUCAUCAUAUAA